AUGCCUUUGCGGCUUGAUGUUAAACGUAAAUUGUCAGUUCGAUCGGAUCGUGUGAAAUGUGUCGAUAUUCAUCCAAAUGAACCAUGGAUUUUAGUGACACUCUAUAAUGGUCAUGCACAUAUUUAUAAUCAUGAUACACAACAAUUGAUUAAAACGUUUGAAAUAUGCGAUGUACCUGUCCGUGCAGGCAAAUUCGUGGUGCGAAAAAACUGGGCAGUGACAGCAUCGGAUGAUAUGCUUGUUCGUGUUUAUAAUUAUAAUACACUUGAACGAAUUCAUCAAUUCGAAGCACAUAGUGACUACAUUCGUUCCGUUGUUGUUCAUCCAACUCAAUCCUACAUUCUUACUAGCAGUGACGAUAUGACCAUUAAAUUGUGGGAUUGGGAUGCGAAAUGGGCAUUGAAACAAACUUUCGAAGGACAUAUUCAUUAUGUUAUGCAAAUAGCUAUUAAUCCUAAAGAUAACAAUACUUUUGCAUCAGCGUCACUUGAUCGCACCGUCAAAGUAUGGCAGUUAGGAUCAACUCAGCCGAAUUUCACACUGGAAGGCCAUGAGAAAGGUGUUAAUUGCGUUGAUUAUUAUUCAGGUGGUGAUAAGCCAUACCUUGUGUCAGGAGGCGAUGAUCGUUUAGUGAAAAUUUGGGAUUAUCAAAAUAAAACAUGUGUACAAACAUUAGAGGGACAUUCACAGAAUGUUGGCUGUGUUUCAUUCCAUCCUGAACUGCCUAUUGUCUUGAGUGGCUCAGAAGACGGUACUGUUAAAUUAUGGCAUUCGAAUACCUAUCGUCUUGAAUCAACACUCAAUUACGGUUUGGAACGAUGUUGGGCAAUAUCAUGUUUGAAAGGAUCGAAUAAUGUGGCACUUGGUUACGAUGAAGGAACGAUGAUGAUUAAAUUGGGCCGCGAAGAACCAGCCAUGUCUAUGGAUGCAUCUACUGGUAAAAUCGUAUGGGCAAAACAUUGUGAAAUUCAACAAGUUAACUUGAAACAAUUAACUACUGAUCAACCAUUGAAAGACGGAGAAAAAGUUCCUUUGAAUGUCAAAGAAAUGGGCAGUUGCGAAAUCUAUCCUCAAACGUUAUCGCACUCACCCAAUGGAAGAUUUGUCGUUGUUUGUGGUGAUGGUGAAUAUAUCAUUUAUACCGCUAUUACAUUACGUAAUAAAAGUUAUGGCAGUGCCAUGGAAUUCGUCUGGUCACAAGACUCCUCGGAAUAUGCUAUACGUGAUGGCAAUAUGGUGAAAAUAUUUAAAAACUUUAAAGAAAAGAAAACCUUCAAACCAGAAUCUGGCGCUGAAGGUAUCCAUGGUGGAUCCCUACUCGGUGUUCGAUCAUAUUCAGGUCUCACAUUUUAUGAUUGGGAUACGUUAAGUUUAGUUCGACGAAUCGAAAUUGUGCCAAAAACUAUUUAUUGGAGUCAAAAUGGUGAAUUAGUUUGUAUUGCAACAGAAGAGUCAUUCUACAUCCUUCGAUAUAGUGCUGAAGCAGUUGCAGCUGCAGCUUCAAACAAAGACCUCGUGUCGGAGGAUGGAAUCGAAGAUGCAUUUGAUGCGCUUAGCGAGAUUGCAGAAGUCGUUAAAACAGGUAUAUGGGUUGGUGACUGCUUUAUCUAUACAAAUUCUCUUAAUCGUAUCAAUUAUUAUGUCGGCGGUGAAAUAGUAACAAUUUCCCAUCUAGAUAGAGUGAUGUAUCUAUUAGGCUAUGUUUCCAACGAAAAUCGUUUAUAUUUGGGCGAUAAAGAAAUGGCGAUCGUUUCAUUUGAAUUAUCAUUGUCAGUUCUGGAAUAUCAGACAGCGGUCAUGCGUAAAGAUUUCGCAACAGCUGAUCAAGUACUUCCGACAAUACCAAAGGAACAACGUACUCGAGUCGCACAUUUUCUUGAGAAACAGGGCUACCGUCAACAAGCUUUGUCUGUGACGAUGGAUAAUGAGCAUAAAUUUGAUUUAGCACUUCAAUUAGGAAAUUUACCCAUCUGUUAUGAACUUGCACUGGAAAUGGAAAACGAACAAAAAUGGUUACAAUUAUCGGACGUGGCAACCAAACGUGGCGAUUUGAAUUUGGUUAAAGAAUGUUUGACACGUGCUCAGUCGUUUGGUUCAUUGAUUCUGCUAGCUAGUGCAUCAAGCGAUAAACAAUUAAUGUCGACAAUUGGCGACCAUUCGAGAAAAAAUGGACAGUUCAACAUUGCCUUCUUAUCAAGUUUCACUCUGGGAAAUUUAGAACAAUGUUUAGAUAUUCUUAUUGAAAAUCAACGCAUACCUGAAGCAGCCUUCUUCUGUCGAACAUAUUUACCAUCCCAAACUGGCCGUAUUGUUGGCUUAUGGAGAGAUAAAUUAAAAUCAAUGAAUAUGGAACGCGCUGCACAAUCAUUAGCGAAUCCAACUGAUUACGAAAAUCUUUUCCCGGGACUUGUCGACGCAUACAAAACAGAACAAUUCUUGCAGCAAACAACCAAACCACGAUUGGCUCGUGAUUACCAAACAAUUACUCCAAAUUGGGAACGACAUCCGAUGGACGAUAUGAAGCAAGCUGAAGAUAAUGAACAAUUUUCUUAUAAUCCUGUGCAAUUGAACAAACAUACACGUGAAAAUGAUGACGACGAUGAUGAGGAACAGUUUGCUGAUGCUGAUAGCGUACCAAAACAACCAAUAAUAACAACAACCCAAGCAAAACCAUCACCCAUUGUUCCUCCUGUGAAAACAAACAAGCCAACAUCGGAACCAUCAACAACUAGUAAAUUAGUUCCACCUGUUCUUGCAUCAACAGCUAGCUCAUCGGAUCGUUCUCGUUCUCAAUCUCCAAUGAACACAGCAACUCCAUCACCACCAUUGAAGAAACCAACACCUCCACCAGCGGUACCACCAACAAAAGCAUCUUCAUCAGCAGUACCGAAAGCAACUACAACAACAACUGCAAAGGCUGCGCCAACACCAAUGAGCGAUCUUGAAAAAGAACUUGAAGAAUUCGAUAUAGAUCUCGAUAAAGAUGAUGAUCUACAAUUUGACGAUGAUGAUGUUGAUGAAUUUCUCAAAGAUACUUAA